AUGACGUGUGAUCUUCAUGUGGGACGAAACCCUGAGGUGAUGCAGGUCGUAGAUGUUUAUUGCGACAUCACCAUAACCCCAGCCACUACUUCAGACAUCACCCUAACCACAACCACCACUUCAUACAUCACCAUAACCCCAAUCACUACUUCAGACAUCACCAUAACCCCAAUCACUACUUCAGACAUCACCAUAACCCCAGCCACUACUUCAGACAUCACCCUAACCCCAACCACCACUUCAUACAUCACCAUAACCCCAACCACUACUUCAGACAUCACCAUAACCCAAACCACUACUUCAGACAUCACCAUAACCCCAACCACUACUUCAGACAUCACCAUAGCCCCAACCACUACUUCAGACAUCACCAUAGCCCCAACCACUAUUUCCAACAUCACCAUAAGCCCAACCAUUACUCCAUACAUCACCAUAACCCCAACCACUACUUCAGACAUCACCAUAACCCCAGCCACUACUUCAGACAUCACCAUAGCCCCAACCACCACUUCAGAAAUCAACAUAAACCCAACCACUAAUUCAGAAAUCACCAUAACCCCAACCACUACUUCAGACAUCACCAUAACCCCAACCACUACUUCAGACAUCACCAUAGCCCCAACCACUACUUCAGACAUCACCAUAACCCCAACCACUAUUUCCUACAUCACCAUAACCCCAACCAUUACUCCAUACAUCACCAAAAACCCAACCAAUACUUCAAACAUCACCAUAACCCCAGCCAUUACUUCAGACAUCACCAUAGCCCCAACCACCACUUCAGAAAUCACCAUAACCCCAACCACUAUUUCAGAAAUCACCAUAACCCCAACCACUACUUCAGACAUCACCAGAACCCCAACCACCACUUCAGACAUCACCAUAACCCCAGCCACUAUUUCCAAAAUCACCAUAACCCCAUAA